UCGGGGUUUCGAGCGCCUUUUUUGAUCGGCCGCAAGCCAGCAGAGCUAUCUACCGUACCAAGUCUUUCGUGUCGCUUUCACGUUUCCGUCAUUGCUUCUUGUUGUCUGCCUCUAGAGUCUGUUGUCUGUCUCUAAUGAGAAGUCAAGAACCUUCACCAUGAAGCGAGCUGCGUCUCCAUCUACCGCGACUAGCCGUCGCUCGACGCGAGCUUCCACUCGUCACAAGAAGGAACAAGACGACCGCAAGAAGGAACAAGACGACCGUGAGCAGGAAAAGGCAAAUCUCGCUGUGCGGCUCAUGUCCACGCCGCUUCUCCAGGCUCUACCGGCCGUCUUGUCCAGCGGAUACUUGUAUCACCAUGAGUGUAUCACUGCCGCAUCGACUUGCCAGAAUUGGUACCAUCUCUGGAAGGAGGUCGAAGACGAAUUUCCCGAAGACUCUCUGGUGGAAAUCGAGGUGAAACACAUUUCUUCUUCUCGCAACAACCGUGAAGUGACAGUCCCAACCUUUAUCCAAAACACGGAGGGCCUACUGGAGGCAUUUCACACUCAACAAUUUUCCCGUCAAAUCUUUGACAAGGCCAACGAGCUCAAGGUGGCGGCAAAGCCGGGCAAAACUGCCAAGAAGAGAUGCCGUGAAGGUUUGCCCAAGUGGGGGAUUGAUGUGCGUCGAGUCAAAAUUCUUUACUGGGGUCCCGUCUCUCGCAACCAUGGAGGCAUUUACAUUUCGUAUUGCAAGCACACUGGUGCCGUGAUGCAAGUUCGCAUAGACCAUGAGCUUCCCUUUUGGACUUUGAAUGGCAUCCGCCAAAAGACCUGGGCGAAGGCCUGUCUUUGGGCGGGCUCUUUCACUGAAAUUGAGCUUCUCUGAUUUCCAUGGGUGAUCUGCAGCAAAGGAUUUUGUACACAUAGAUGAUUGUCCGAGAGGCGGUGCAAACCUCCUAGGCCAAUGAAAAGUCAGUCGUUGUUUUGGUGGAGUUUGGCUGCAAAGUAAGCUCCUGAUUUCCUCUUGCCAAUCUUCAGCAAGGGAUCUUGUACACGGAGAUGCCUUUGCCUAGCUAGAAUGCUAGCUCAAGGCCAAACAGGCGUCCAAUCAUAGGGCACCUUUUUGCCAAAAUCCAUGACAGCUGAACAGCAAAAGCUGUUGAUCGAGCAUGGCAUCCUUCAUCACUACCUACAGAGUGAAAUUGCUCUGAAAACUGUUGUGCCAAGGUUUGUGGAGAUAGUGAAUGUGCAUGUCGAUUGUUCAACCAUCGACAUACAUCAAUCUCAGCGAGCACAAAAAAAAUUAUGACAGUGGAGAGUAACCCUAAUAAAAAUUUUUAUCCCUAA